AAGACGAAGGCCAGGCGGAGGGGUGGGGGGUGAUAAGAAGAGCGAGAGAAAAGAGGAGACAGCGGACUAGCAGACCGGAUUCCACAGUGGCGCUCAGCCCAGGACGUACCCUGGCAUGACCUGCGGAGGCUUUGGAAAUGCUUCUGCCUGGACCCCUCCCCUAGAGUCUGAGGCCUCUCCUUCCGAUGAAAAGAGAAAGGAAGAAUGGAUUACAGUCACCAAACGUCCCUAGUCCCAUGUGGACAAGAUAAAUACAUUUCCAAAAAUGAACUUCUCUUGCAUCUGAAGACCUACAACUUAUACUAUGAAGGCCAGAAUUUACAGCUCCGGCACCGGGAGGAAGAAGAUGAGUUCAUCGUGGAGGGGCUCCUGAACAUCUCCUGGGGCCUACGCCGGCCCAUCCGCCUGCAGAUGCAGGAUGACAAUGAGCGCAUUCGGCCCCCUCCGUCCUCUUCCUCCUGGCACUCUGGCUGUAACCUGGGGGCUCAGGGAACCGUCCUGAAGCCCCUGACUGUGCCCAACGUUCAGAUCUCAGAGGUGGAUGGGCCGCCGGAGGGUGACCAGAUGCCAAGCCCCACAGACUCCAAGGGCCUGAAGCCCAUGCAGGAGGACACCCCACAGCUGAUGCGCACACGCAGUGAUGUUGGGGUGCGUCGCCGUGGCAAUGUGAGGACACCUAGUGACCAGCGGCGAAUCAGACGCCAUCGCUUCUCCAUCAAUGGCCAUUUCUACAACCAUAAGACAUCCGUGUUCACACCAGCCUAUGGCUCUGUCACCAACGUCCGCAUCAAUAGCACCAUGACCACCCCACAGGUCCUGAAGCUUCUGCUCAACAAAUUUAAGAUUGAGAACUCAGCAGAAGAGUUUGCCUUGUACGUGGUCCAUACGAGUGGUGAGAAACAGAAGCUGAAGACCACUGAUUACCCGCUGAUUGCCCGAAUCCUCCAGGGCCCGUGUGAGCAGGUCUCCAAAGUGUUUCUAAUGGAGAAGGACCAGGUGGAGGAAGUCACCUAUGAUGUGGCCCAGUAUAUAAAGUUUGAGAUGCCGGUACUUAAAAGCUUCAUUCAGAAGCUCCAGGAGGAAGAAGAUCGGGAAGUAAAGAAGCUGAUGCGCAAGUACACCGUGCUCCGGCUGAUGAUUCGGCAGAGGCUAGAGGAGAUAGCCGAGACCCCAGCAACAAUCUGAGCCACGAGAACGAGGGGAUCUGGGCACGCCAGGAGCUGCCAUUGCCAUAAGAACCCCUGGAAGCUGGGCACUUUCUUUUCAUGGAAACAUUUAGACUCAAACCUCCCCAGCUCCGGCCAAGCCAUCAUUUGCUACCAGGAGCUGGAUGUAGAAGUCAGCAGACAGCUCCCCAUCCCUGGAUCCCUGCUCUCCCUUCUUCCACUCACAAGACUUUUGAUUUUGGUUAUAAGGAAGACCCAAAAUGUGUGUGUGUGCAUGUGUGUGCACACAUGGUACGUAUCCAUGUGCCUACCUGAUACUUUCACAUGUAAUUAAAUUCCAGGCAACCAGCACAAGAGCCGUGAGCCUGGCAAAUGUGCUGCUUAUGGGCCAGAAAAUCAGAGGAACCAUGAUCUGAGGGGUUUUUAGGUUGAAGGAAAGAUUUCCCCUCUCAAGUGCCACGGAGCAGCCACAUGUCUGCCUGUGUUUAGAAAGGGAAGAGGGUUCUCCAGGUUCACCAUUUGGAUUGUUUAUAUGUUGGUAGAAAUUCUCCCUGUAUUCCUGCAAGGAUCAGUAAAUGUGAGAGCCUUGGAAAUUAACAAAAUAACAGCCACAUAAUCUUGAGGGAAGUCUGAUGGAAAUAAAAAGAUAAAUCAUCUGUGGGGUAGACGCAGUAAGCCCCCAUGUUUUUACACUGGAAACUUUGAUUGUUUUAAAUGACAAAGAUGUAUGUGAUGUUCUACGUGGAAACCUAUAAAAAGUAGAUUCUGCCUCCAUCCUCACCUCCAUGGCUACCUCUAGGAGAGAGAGAGGAUCCUGUGUGUUUCUCUGUACCCAGCUGUCAACCCAUCUCUCUGGAGCUUCUUUGAGUGGAAUGAAAUGUCUCAAGAAACAAAGAUCUCACUGGUGUGCACACGGGGCUGACCAGCUAGUGUGGCCAGGAAGUUUUAGGCUGAAGGGUAGUGUCGAGGCUACCUGCAGAAAUGACAGGUGCCUGAACCCAGCCCAUCUUCACGUCAUCAAGGGUCUUCCUGCACUUGAAGCGGGGGCCAUGCUUGCAGUCAAGACUGUUCUUUCUAACCGCUGGGUUCUUGCAAGUUGCCCUCACCUUGCAUGUGGAAAUGCAUUCUAAGAAUGAAGCCUCUCUUGGUACUGACUGAGUAUAGGGUUCGGGGAAGCUCUUUAGGCCACCUGGUGAAGAUGCAUGGGGAGGAUGGAGCUUCUUUCUUAGCUUCUCUGAGCAGCCACCUAGGUGAUCUUUAGAGUCAAUCCCAAUGCGGGGAAAGGGCAAGAACAGUCUGGGACUCCCAUCAGGACGCUUGCCAGGCAGCUGGGCAUCAGUGCAGCUGAUACAGUUUGAGAAGGUAGACAGAUGCUUGGACCUGGGUGCCUGGCUGUAGACAUCAACCAAACAAGACCAGGAGCUUCUAAGAGUGGGUGUCUCUGACAUCUCUGAGCCUAGCUGGGGUAAGAUACUGCCCAUCUCUUCUCCACCUUCUCUCCAAAGAAGGUUUGCAGAGCUGGGCAGUUGAGGAAAGGGUAGACCCUGGUUGGUGUCUCCAAAGGAAGGUGGACCUUUUUGGUGGAGAUGUUUCUACCCCAGGCACCCUCUUGCCCCAUUCAUACCUACGGCAUCUUUGAAAGACUCAAAGCUGUGGUCUCAAUGUAGCCUGCAAAAAGAUGGCAUGCUGCCCCUGGCAUUUUGUCCUGGGUGUUAUAGCAAGCCUCCUUCCUCCAUAGGGUCAGCAGCACCAGCCCUGUGGGGCAUGGAGUGGAAACCCAGAAGGGCUUCUGCAAACUGUACGGAAUUGGUGUAGGAAGACAAGGAAUGGGCACCAGGAGAGGCUUCCUUUGUUACAGAUGGGAAAGAACCGUUCUGUGAAUGCAAACACUUCCUGAGUUUUGCAUUUGAGAAAAUGAUUUGGAGAACUUCUCUUCUAGUAAUUUUUAUCUUGCAUGUUCAAAGCCUUAGUUGGCUCCAGUAAUUCUCCUUGGAGGACUUGGGAGAAGAAUUUCCACAGAGCAAACUACUAACCACUAACUGUUAUUGGACAGCCAUUUCUGGUUUAGAAGAGUUCUCUGAUUUGCACUAGCACUACAAUAGUGUUAAAUAUGGAAAUAGUGCAACAUGUUUAGUUGGCCAGGUCACUUUCCAAGGGAGCAAUAUUAAGGCAGAUCCGCCUUUUUAAAGAUGGGAGGUCAGGAGGUGGAAGUGAAAGAGGAGCUCCCAUCUUACACAGCACACUUCAUGUGAUGCAGACCACACUUUCCGAUUCUGUCCUGCCCUUUUUAGAGGUCAUUUCUCACAUCCUAAGAACCUGAUGAGGAAUUUUGGAAAGAUCCUUUGAAGUAGCAGCAGUUGAAACAGAGAUGCUUUGCCACAGCGUGGAACAGAUUUUCUCACUGAUAUCACAUGGUCUUGCAGUUUUAAACUCUUCAACAGAUUUGUGGGAGUUUAUGUAAUUGUGUGCAAGGAACCUGAAAUUACAUAAAGAACAAAAGACCAGUUUAUAGGGUUGUUAUUUAUUUCUUUUUCUCCCAGAGGAUUAUGUUACAAUGUGAUCAAGUGAAGGAAAAACCUGAGCCCAUCUGGCUGGGAUGGUGGAAUUAAGCACAAGGUUACAUUCUCUGUGAUCACAUGAGAGGGAAGGUGAUGACUUAAAUGGUGGGGGCCGGGGCAGGGGCCGGUUAUCUUGGGGAGAUGCUGAAAAGCACAAAGGAAGUCUUGCCUGUAUGUGUAGGUGAAGAGCGCACACACUGGUCUCCAGGCUGGAUGGACUUCAACUUGAAGUUGAUGAGGCAAGAGGAUUUCAGGAUAUUAGCCACCCAUCUGCAAAAAAAAUGCUGGGGCCUCGCAUCAAGAUUUUGGCCUGAGACAUGCUGAUGCUUCAAGGAGAAAUAUUUUCACCAUGUUUUCUUCCCUCACCAAAAGAAAACAGUACUCUCUCCUAGAAACCUCUAGGUAAAGACAUUUUCUCCUAACAUCGGUGGCAUAGAAUGGCCUCUCCCAAUCUGUUCUCCAUGCAGAAAAGUCUCGAUAAGAAUUCUGUGGAGUUGACUGGUUAUUUCAAAGUGUCAGGAGGGUGGAGAAAGAAAUUGACCACAGAAGGGCAAGAAGCUCUCUUAAGAAAAGGGAAGUUACUUUUAGAAAAACACCAGCACCACCACCAUAUCAACCAAAAACUACAUUUUAUGUCAAAGCGCUAUAGCACAAAGAAUGUGGUGUCAUAGAUACAUUGCCAAGAGAGAAACUUCUACAUGGACGAGGCAAUUUCGGUGUCUUACAGUGGCCAAACCAUGACGUGGAGAAUGAGAUGGGAGACAGGAUAUCACUAUGAACAUCCUUCAUAAAGCAGCACACAUUUUCAUGUUUCCACUUACGUUGUUUUGCACAAAGUCUUGCUUCAGUCAGAUGAGAUGAGAUGAUUUCCUAGCGAUGUAAAAAUAAAAAUGAAUGUGGCACCCCUUUGUUCAGAUUUAAUAGAAAGCUUCACCCUAUUACAAGGGGUGGGGUUUAAGUGCCCCUUGCAUUUUAACUGUGUUUAACUGAGCACAAGAUGCACGAGCUAUGACGGGAAAGCCUCAGUUUACCUUUGGAGUCUUCCCUGUAGAUCACAGAACUGUUUCCAGGCUGAUGUUUCUGGUGUGUAAUUGCUAGUGUUUCUGAAGGUUUCCCCAAUUGUUUUAGCCUUGUGAAGUAUUCUUUUCUUAAUUAUAACUUGCCUUUCAGCAAUGGUACAUGACCUGGUUCAAUGUUUGGUUUUGAACUUAGACACUGAUGUGUUUACUCAUCUAAACAUAAUCUGACAAGGCCUCAUUAGUGAGCCAUACAUUUUUGUAACAAUUUGCUAUGUUUUAAUGCACCUGACUUAGAUCGUCUUGAAAUAAAGCACUUUUCAAAGAG